AUGCAGCACAUCCCGGAGAGAGAAGUUAACUACGACCAAUGCUACUAUAUCCCACAUCAUGCUGUGACUGCGAAAUUCCGUGUGGUGUUUAAUGCUUCGGCUAAAUCGAGCAAUGGCAUAUCAUUGUACGACACGCAACUUGUUGGUAACCAAUUGCAGGAAAAUCUCGUCCACAUCCUCUACAGAUUUCGACGGUUUCAAGUUGCCAUUAAGGCGGACGUGGAGAAGAGGUUCCGUCAGGUUGAGGUGGAUAAAAGGCAUCGCAAAUGGCAGCAUAUUCUCUGGCGGGAGUCACCAAGCGAACAGAUCCCCACCUACCAAUUAAAUACGGUCACCUACGGUAUGGCUUGUGGACCGUACAACGCUAUUCGCGCAUUGCGACAGUGCGCCAGUGAUAACUUUUCAGUUAUCCACAAUGUCAACCGGGCAGCUGAGACCAAGGAGAGCAUACUCUCAAACUUUUACGUCGAUGAUUACUUGGAUAGUGUAGAUACUACUACAGUUGCCAGCACCGAGUCGUUUCCAAGUAAUUCUGAUACCACUGUACUGGGCUUGCACUGGAACCCUAAUAAUGACACUUUAUUUUACAAAGUACGGUUGCCGGUGCUCGAUGCAAUUCGUACUAAACGCAACGUACUAAGCGAUGUCGCACGAUUAUACGACCCUUCGGGAUUAUUGUCGCCGGUGAUCGUAUGGGCCAAGAUUUUUAUCCAGAUGCUUUGGAAGGCAGAGCUGCCAUGGGAUACACCAUUACCAGGCGAUUUACGAGAUGAAUGGUUAACAUUUCGGAAUGGUUUGUACCAGCUUUCCAGUAUUCGGGUGUUGCGUUGGUUGGGCAUGACCAAGAAGUCCACGGUAAACUUGCACGGCUUCUGUGACGCCAGCAGCAAAGCUUACGCUGCGGUCGUCUAUGUGCGCAUCGAAGAUCCAGAGGGUGAGGUACGCGUAUCCCUGGUUGCGACCAAAACAAGGGUAGGACCCAGUAAGAGUACUACAAUUCCACGAAUGGAACUCAGUGCAGCACGACUACUCGCUAUGACAAUGAAAGAGAUUCGUCACGCCUUGCGACUGGACAGCGCAGGUUGUAUGUAUUGGAGUGAUUCGACCAUUGUCCUCCACUGGAUCCAGAAAGCACCGACCGUACUAAAGCCGUAUGUAGCCAACCGUGUGGCAUUCAUACAAACUCAUUCUGAAGUGAAGUGUUGGCGAUACAUCCGAAGUGAACACAACCCAGCAGACUGCGCCAGUCGUGGCAUUCCACCAACGGCGCUUGAAGAUCAUCCACUCUGGUGGACUGGUCCACCAAUUAUGUACACUUGUUUCAACCUUAGCACCGAGUUGCCUGCUUUGACUGACGAAGAACAACAGACAGCAACAAAGCCUACUGUCAUACCCACACAAAAGCGUUGGGCUGAGCGAUUUCUGACGCCUAGCGUUAACGCCGAAGAGUAA